AUGGCGAACAUUGAACGAUUGGGUUCGAUUUUCUUACUCUUUUCGACUAUAAUUUUAUCAAUCAAUUUCAUAAACUGCGAAAAAAGUCUAUUAACAAACCAAGCAGCAUUGUUUGUGUUCGGAGACUCAGUGUUCGACGUUGGCAACAACAAUCACAUCAACACAUUCCGAGCUGCUCAGGCCAAUGUCUGGCCAUAUGGUCAAACCACGUUCAAGUUCCCGACCGGAAGAAACUCCGAUGGCCGUUUGAUUCCAGAUUUUAUCGCGGAAUACGCUUGGUUACCAUUGAUACCGCCUUAUUUACAGCCCGGAAAUAGCGUCAGUCAGUUCACUUACGGUGUUAAUUUUGCUUCAGCCGGCGCCGGAGCUUUGGUUGAAACUCAUCGACCACAGAACGUAAUACCGUUGGGAAGUCAGUUAAACAACUUCAAGAAUGUGGAGAAGAUGUUUAAAGAGAAAUUAGGAGAUGCAGAGACCAAAAGGAUAUUCUCAAGAGCUGUUUAUCUCAUUCAAAUAGGUCCUAACGACUAUUUUUAUCCUUUCUCCGUUAAUGCCUCCUAUUUUCAAUCCCAUAGCAAAGCCAAAUUUGUCGAUUAUGUAAUUGGUAACACAACGACCGUGAUCGAGGGAAUUUAUAAAAUUGGAGGAAGGAAAUUUGGUAUCAUGAACAUGGGUCGACUAGACUGUAUUCCGGGAUUGCUAACAAUGGAUCCAACAAGAAUAGGAUCAUGUUUCGAACCGAUCACUGAGUUGAUAAAACUUCACAAUGCAAGAAUUCCAAAUGUUUUGAGAGAUCUUCAACGCCGAUUACCCGGGUUUAAAUACUCCCUUUUCGACUCCUAUACCGCUGGAACCGAAGCUAUGGAGAAUCCCACAAAAUACGGGUUUAAGGAAGUGAAGAAGGCUUGUUGUGGGAGUGGACCGUUCAGGGGAAGUAGUACGUGUGGGUAUAGAGCAGGAAGUUCUCGUGAUUUCGAGUUAUGCGAAAACGUUAGUGACUAUAUGUUCUUCGAUGGCUCACACACCUCGGAGAAAGCUAAUCAACAGACGGCCGAGUUGAUGUGGGAUGGUCCGUCCGAUCUGGUUGGACCUUAUACUCUCAAGACCUUGUUUCAAAACAUUAAUUGA